AUGGCUAUAUUUCAAGCGCGGUCCUUGAAGCGAGACCGAAUAAUCCGCAAACUGUGCAUUAUCAUUGUUCUUUCUGUUACUCUUUAUAUAUUUUUAACCAAAAUAUCAUGGAUCACAAACGGCAAGGAGACUAAUUUAGAUACUCCACAAAAAGACGACGGAAUUUUUCCCGAUUUUCACCACGCAAAUAACCACCAAUAUCAUGGAAAACCUCCAUCUGGAAAGCAUGGUUCUUCUGAUAUUGACGUUGCCUUGCCAAAGAAUGCAAUCCUUGAAGCCUUGCGUAAAUCUCAGCUCUCGGAUAAAUCAGAGUUGCAAAAGCUAGGAAGUAACAAUCCAGUUAUGUUAGAGCAGCUCAACCAGAACAGCGGCAAAAACAAGGACACAAGAUCCGGUCAGAACACACUCAACAAUCAAGAAACUCCACAAUUCGAUAACCCACCAAAAACAAUGACUCUUGGAGAAAGCAGCGUUUAUUCUAUGUCAUCAGACGAUGAAUAUCUACCCUCGACAGACCCUAAAGACCCCAAUGAAAAAUUCAUUUCCUAUCUUCCUCACUCGGGUUUCCACAACCAACGCACUGCCCUUGUCAAUGCACUGUUUGUUGCGAAGAAUUUGGGCCGAACACUGUUAGUCCCACCUGUUGUUCUUGGAGACUCUGUUGGCUGGAAGGAAUUUGAUGAGUUGCUGGCCACUUACCAAAACACAGACAAAUCCGAGCUUAGUGAGUGCAAAGAACACCUGCAAACCUAUUAUAGCGGAGAGCAGGAACGUGAAAAUCUGCCGGAUAAAUGUCAGGCUUCAUACAAGUACACCUCACUGCGAUGGGAUCGGAUGUUCAACAUGACCAGAAUCAAGCAAACGAUCGCUGUACGUUACCGAGACGAUUACAAGGAUAGCACUCUUGAGAAUGCCUUUGGGAUUAGCUCCAGUGACACAUAUUUUGUUAAAGAUAGUGUCUUGUACGACUAUAGUAUAACUGACAAGCCAGACUGGCCACUUCCUCAAAAGUACCAACGAACAAUAUAUCUUGGCGAUCUUGGCAGUCGACGCGAGCGUCUUAUCAGUUUUGGCUCGAUGUUUGGCAGCGGACGGGUCCAGGUGUCUAAUCCCGAGAGUAUUUCACUGCAGCAGUUCUUGGCAAACCAGUUCAUCCUCUCACGAGAAACACUCCCUGAGUUGUUUCAAGAGGCAGACGCGAUCAUUAGACAGCUAGGGGGUCCAAAGACCUACAUGUCUAUUCAUGCUCGCGUGGGGGAAAGUAUAUUUGAGCACAUGUCUUCGCAGACCAUGACAAAAUUGUGGAAAGAUUUGCAGAAAUAUGCACCAUUUGUGCAGAGUCGUGCACCUCGAGAUGAACCCAUUAUUCCAGGCACAAGUUUUUUGGACCGCACUACUUGUUUUGCUCCGCCUACCGAUCCCUCCGCUAUGGCUGUUGAUUGGUCGACAAGACAGGUUGCUUCUGGCCGUCCUCUGGUGUUCUUUAUGGCUACUGAUGCAACAGAUCCUCGUCACCACCCUCUCUUCCAGUCUAUCUACAAUGGGUUUACGUGUGUGGUGACAUUAGCAGAUGUUUUUGAUUACCGUACAUCUUCAUUGCAUAAUUUGGUAAAUCCAUUCGAUGGACUGCGUUAUGGCAGGUUCCUUGUACCUCUCCUGGAUGGUCUGGUAGCCAGUCGCGCACAAGAAUUCACGGGUUCAUCCUGGAGUACUUUUGGAUUCUACAUUCGUUUCUUACACGACACAUUCAUUCUUUCACAAGUCUCUUAA